AUGUUUGCAGUAGUCCGCAUUGAAGUGGACAACACGGCCGCUAUUUUGCCAACUGGAUGGGUGGAUGGUGAUCAUUGUAAGUGGCCAGCCUCGCACAAGAAGGCACGUAGUUGGCUGCCACAGGCAGAGGACACUGACAACGUUCGUUCGUCUGGCGAUGAAGCUAACACUGCAGCACCAUGCGUUUUCAUAAUCCUCUUUAAUUGA